AUGAUGUCAAUUCCGAGUCGAUCUAUGAAGAUGGCGAGAGGAAUUCUGAAAGACCCGGCGAACCUUGCCAGCGACUCCCAGCAAGGGCCUAUCACCCCGUUUCAGACCCCGGUCCGAUCUACCAUCUUUGCCACCCAUUGCCCUCUCAGCGACGACCCAUCCGAACGCAUCCAAGCACUUGAGACCAACAUCGAAAGUCUCCGCCGCCAUAUGCACGGCCUUGAGGGCCAGCUGGAAGUCCAGGCAUCACGUAUCUGUGUUCUGGAAUCCUCUCCUCUUUCCCCGGAAGAAUUCCUCAAAUUUCCAGACCCCUCCAUCGACCCCGACGUCUCUCCCUAUCGAUCCCGUGUUGAAUCCCGGGAAUCGCCUAAGGGGCUUCUUCCAACCUGCAAAUAUGUUGAAUAUGCCAGGUCUUCUGGGCAAGUGUCACAACCCUGUCUCGGUCCUGCCUCACGAGAAGUCGCUGUCGCCCCUGCAGAAGCCUUGCCUGGAAAUACAGCAUUCCCGAUUAAUUCAGAGAUGACGCCUCUGGAACUGCACUCUGACCCUCUCGGAUUUGAAGCUUCAUCUGGGAAUUCCUGCUGGUCAGAACAAGUACGACCUGAUCUAUUUCCUGAUUCCAUCUGCAGUAAUAGCAGUGUGACUGCUGGGGGCAAAUCAAUCGCCACAGAAAGUGCAUUCAACAACUCUGCGGAAGUGAUAAAAGGGCUUACUGUGACUCCCAUCAAGUCCAAAUCUCAACCUUCGAAAUCGCUCGCCGAAUCUACCUUUUCAAAUACCAACUUCCACAAAUCCCACGUUGAGCCUCUCGAAUCCGGUGCACAAUCUGGGUAUGCUCUUGGCUUUCAAGAACCCCGUCUACUUCCAUGUUCUUCAUCCCUCAUCGGCCCUGUCACUGUCACAAACACGACCCUCAAGACCUCCGCGGAAGUAGCAGGCACGUCAGAUCCAAAAGAGCAGGAAACCAUUUUCACUUUGGCAGACAGAAGACCAAACCUCGCGGAUGCUACAAUGGCAAGAUACUGGGAAGAUAAACUACCGCUUGGCCAGGUUGAUCACUGCAGACAACAUGAAGCUUUAAGUGACUCAAAUCCACAACCAACUUCGGCAAACGUUCCGGCUCUGAGGUUGUUAAAGGAAAAGGAGAAGAUAUAUGAGGGCAUGUUUACUUCAAUGGAUGGAUCCUUUACAGCGAAGACUUCCGCCUGCCAGGAUGACAUGGUCCUCUCUACACAUUUUUCGCCCUCCAAUCCAACAAAGGCUUUUCGCAGCCAAAGCCCGGGCCAGAAGAUUGGCAGAGUGUUAAAAAGUCAGCAAGUGGAAGAAACUACGGAGGCUUCGGUGAACACAUCCUUGCAGGAGGAAUUACGCGAAUUGCAUCGUGAAAUCGACCUUCUGAACUCCCGUAUCGAUCUGUCCGGAUCCGCUGCUCGAGCCGGAACUGUUACGAAAUCCGCCAGUCCUCAAAGCCCUGCAGCCUCUGUGGAAGUCGUCGACAAUUUUCCAGUCUUCCCGGUUGAGUCUCAAAGUGUACCUCAAUUCCAACUUGAAUCCUCCCAGUUGCCCCUUUGGAACUUGACUGAGCCGCCUGCGGGUUUCGGAUCGGGCGCCGAUUCUGCCAGUUGCGAUAGUUCAGCCUCUGACGCGAAGGCCUUCAUUGAGGCAGAGGUCGAACGGGCUCUAGGCGCGGAAUUCUUCAAAAUGCGCAACGCGAUUAUUGACCUCAACUCCCGCGUAGAUCUGCUUGAAUCUCUACCGCAAUCAGUCCGUAUCCCUGGCCAUGCUCGCUCUUCUUCCAGCGCUUUCAGAGGAAUUCCAGCAACCCCCAUGAAUCUCAGCAUGGUAGCUCCUCCGUAUCUUCCCGAUGAUCCGGAGCUUCUCAGACGUUACAUAGAGCUCGAGCUUGAUAAGAUUCUUGACGUUCGCCUGGCCCUUUUCGAAACGCGCUUGACUUCGAGAAUGGAACGUCUCGAAUACCGCGUCUACAAUCUUUCACUGACCGUCACUGCUCUGUGGCAGAGCCUAUGGAACCUUGGCUGGGCUGUCGGUGGUUGGGGUAUCUGGAAUUUUAGCUAG